GGCGCAUUUCUUGCCCGAGUCAUUCAGCCUGGCACUCACCAAGCUGGCCCCAACCAAAUACCUUGCCAAUUGCAGACCUCUCCUCAAAUCGCGGCAGCCAUGUCCACCCAAAACCUAUACGACCAGCGCAUCUUUGCCGCAUCAAACAACUCCUCCAACGGCCAGGUCGGCGACGGCACGCGCUUCCACUACCGGCAGGACGGCCGCGUGGUCUGGGCCGAGUACUCGGGCGGCUCCAUCGCAAAGGGCUUCCUGAUCGCCACCGUCGCCGACGACGACUCGCUCGACAUGCGAUACCAGCACGUUGACACCUCGGGCGAGAUCAGGACCGGCAAGUGUCUCUCGCGUCCGGAGAUGCUCGCCGACGGGAGGUUGCGAUUGCACGAGGAGUGGCAGUGGACGAGUGGGGAUCUUUCAGAGGGCGUCUCGACGUUGGAGGAGAUUGUGGAGAAGUGAGGAAGGAGGAGAGGAGAGACCAUGGGGAAAGGAACAGGUUUAAUUGUUCGGCGUUCGCGCGAUAGCCAUUGCCCAAACUUUUGGCCAAGCUGGUAAACUUGGGCAACUAGAACUAGCACCUACAGCAACAGACUUGAGCGCCCCUCACACCACUCGGCCAAACCCAUGCAACCCGGCCGGAAUCUCUCAAGAAAAGAGUAUCUGUCACCCUUGUCAAGAUCAGAUAUUUCAACAAUCUCAAUGCCUCCCAAUAACAAGCUAUUAGCUCUCCAGGGCUGACACUAUUGCCUUUGCUGGCAUGUGGUUUUGGGCAUUUAUUAUAUUUUAAAGUUUCGUCAAGGAAUGGGCUGGGAUUGACCCAGGCGCAACGAUACGAAAUUUAUCACGGCUAGGGUUAGGAACACCAAGAUAUCGUCUGAAAGACAAGAGUGCCAGUUAUUCAAUCCAAGGCGGACUUUACCUAACAAAAGCGACUACCAACGCACCAAGGGCAGCCCUCCAGCAGGUACUAUACAGUUCAACGUAGCUCUAGCUAGCCAUAUAAAUAUAUCAAGCAAUCGUAGGAAGCUGCUUGUUCACCAGCGAUCAGGUGCAGACGGCGCCGACGGGGGAUAGGA